AUGGCAUCCCAAAUAGUUGCAGGCCUUCCAUUGUGCUAUAGUGCUAUAAGAAUACACUCAUUCAUCAUGAUUUAUCUUACAUAAACAUCUGUCAAUUCCAUGGAGAACCAUACAGAGACCACCGUUGACCGUCGUCGGAGGGUAAUUCUGUUCCCGUUACCAUAUCAAGGCCACAUAAACCCAAUGCUUCAACUUGCCAAUCUACUUUACUCCAAAGGCUUCAGUAUCACCAUCCUUCACACUAACUAUAACAAACCCAAAACCUCCAACUACCCUCACUUCACUUUUAGAUUCAUCCUGGACAACGAUCCACACGAUGAACGCUAUUCCAAUUUACCCUUACAUGGCAUGGGAGCUCUUUCUCGGGUUAUCUUAUUCAAUCAAUAUGGCGCAGAUCAAUUACGCCACCAACUGGAACAGGAACUGUCUGCAAAAGAUGAACCGUCCGUGUCGUGUUUAAUUACUGAUGCCCUUUGGCACUUCACGCAAUCGGUUGCUGAUAGCCUUAGCCUCCCACGGCUUGUUUUGAGGACAAGUAGCCUGUUUUGUUUUCUUAUUUAUGCUUCGAUUCCCCUUCUUGAUGAUCGUGGUUACCUCAGUCUUUCCGAUAACACUACACCUUUUCUUGAUGGUCUUGGUUAUCACGAUCUUUCUGAUAACAAACGUCUGGAAGAACAAGUGGAAGAGUUUCCUAUGCUGAAAGUGAAAGACAUCGUAAAGAUGGGGUUCAAGAGAGAGAAGGACGGCGUUGGAGGCGUGGUCGAUAACAUGGUGAAACAGACGAAAGCAUCUUCAGGAAUCAUAUGGAACUCCUUUAAGGAACUAGAAGAGUCCGAGCUUGAAACCAUUCGUCGUGACAUUCCAGCACCGAGUUUUCCGAUACCAUUCGCCAAGCAUUUCACAGCCUCAUCCAGCAGCUUACUAGAACACGAUCGAUCCUUUUUUCCUUGGUUAGACCAACAACCGCCCAAAUCUGUAGUUUAUGUUAGUUUCGGUAGUGUUGCUCAAGUGGAGGAGAAACAUUUUAUGGAAAUGGUUCAUGGCUUGGUCGAUAGCAAGCAGUUGUUUUUAUGGGUGGUUCGACCUGGGUUUGUUAGCGGUUCAACAUGGCUUGAGCCAUUGCCUGAUGGGUUCCUGAGUGAGAAGGGGCGGAUAGUGAAAUGGGCUCCUCAGCAAGAAGUGCUAGGUCAUGAAGCGAUAGGUGCAUUUUGGACCCAUUGUGGGUGGAACUCAACACUUGAAAGUGUUUGUGAAGGUGUUCCUAUGAUUUGCUCGCCUUUUUGGGGAGAUCAACCGUUGGAUGCAAGAUACGUGAGCGAUGUAUGGAAGGUUGGGGUGUAUUUGGAGAAUGGGUGGAGAAGGCAAGAGAUAACAAGUGCAAUUAGACGAGUAAUGACGGAUGAAGAAAUGAGAGAAAGGGCAAGCGUUUUGAAACAAAAGUUGGAUGGUUCUUUGAUGAAAGGUGGCUCUUCGUAUGAAUCAGUAGAGUCUCUAGUUGCUUAUGUAUCUUCAUUCUAACAAUGCCGUAUGUAAGAGAUUUCCAUUUAAAACUCAAUAUAAAAAGUUACCAUUGUAAUUUUAUAUA